AUGGCACAAAAUUUCUCCUGCAUAUCCCUAACAUCUUCAUCAAACCAAGAGUAUCCAAUUUUGCUUUCCAUUAAAGCCUUCUCCACUUCUUCAUCUAUUUCUACUUCUAUAAAUUCAAACAUUUUCUUCUGGAAGUUGUCAUCAUUCCCAUUCUUCUGAAAGCUGUCAUCUUUCUCAUUCUCAUUAAGAACUCUCUCUUCCACUUUGCUUGCCAAAGGCUUCUCUUUACGCUGUGCCUUUUCAAACUGAUUUAUUGACAUGUUGAUUCUUCCCCCUAGACCUUUAUUCAUUUUGGCAUUAUUGAUAAUUGCUCCAGCCUCUAACUCGCUAACGGUGCGAACAAAGCCAAUUCUUUUACCAUUUCUAUCUCUUUUUCUCGGCAGAAUUAUAUCCAAAAUAUUACCACAUCCACGAAAGAAUUGCCAUAUUUCUCGACCCGUUGCCUCAUCAGGAAUAUUUCUCAAGAAGAUCGUGUAAAAGUCUCCACGAUUUACUCCCUUUCUUGGACUAACUUUCUUUCUGCUUCGUGAAUGGAUCUGUUCCAGGGCUUCUUUGAUCGCAAUCUCAUUCCCCACGUUAAGAUCUGCCAAAGUUGACCUAUCAACCAGAUGAUUAUGAGCCCAUAUGAAGUUCUUAACAAGCUUGUCAUCUUCCUGCUGCCUGCGAUCUCUGAACGCCUGAAAAUUCCGAUCGGACGGUUGAAAUUUUGAAUUUCGAAAUCGGCCGCCUAAAUCGCCCUGACUCUGGAGAGAAUACAUAAUUUUAAAUAAAAUCUCAUUAAUAAAAUAAAAUCUCUCUUCUCCGUUGUUGAGCUCGCCAACUACAAUGACAAUCAUCAUUGAUCAACCUCAAUUCGGAGGUCGAGCGGAGGAGGGGCAUAUUAGCACUGCUGAAAAGGAAAUUGGAUUGGAUGGGGGAUUUUUCGUUCCGCAGACCAAUUCUUUUGGCAACAAAUUUAGGGAUUAUAAUGCUGAAAGCCACAGGCAAAAGGGUGUUGAGGAAUUCUACAGGACCAAUCACAUCAACCAAACUUAUGAUUAUGUGAAAAGGAUGAGAGCGGAGUAUGAGAAGUUGGACAAGGUGGAAAUGAGCAUAUGGGAAUGCUGUGAACUUCUCAACAAUGUUGUCGACGAUAGCGAUCCUGACCUUGAAGAACCUCAGAUUGAACAUUUGUUGCAGACAGCUGAAGCUAUCCGAAAAGAUCACCCCAAUGAAGAUUGGUUGCACCUUACGGCCCUUGUUCAUGAUCUUGGAAAGGUUCUUCUGCAUCCAAGUUUUGGGGAGCUUCCUCAGUGGGCUGUUGUAGGUGACACAUAUCCAGUUGGGUGUGCAUUCGAUGAAUCAAUUGUUCAUCACAAGUACUUCAAGGAGAAUCCAGACAACAACAACCCUGCUUAUAAUACCAAGUAUGGGGUUUAUUCUGAAGGUUGCGGACUUAACAAUGUGAUGAUGUCAUGGGGGCAUGAUGACUACAUGUAUAUGGUGGCAAAAGAGAAUGGGACUACUUUGCCAUCAGCUGGUCUCUUUAUUAUCAGAUAUCACUCUUUUUAUGCUUUACACAGAGCAGGAGCUUAUAAACACUUGAUGAACCAGGAAGACUGUGAGAAUUUGAAGUGGCUUCAAGUGUUCAACAAGUACGAUCUGUACAGCAAAAGCAAAGAAAGAGUUAACGUCGAGAAAGUUAAACCCUACUAUCUUUCACUCAUUGAGAAGUACUUCCCUGCAAAGCUAAAGUGGUGAAAGACAAGUAUUAAAUGGUUGGAUCAUGAAAGAUUACUUUUCAGUUGGGGAAAUCUUGAAUAAAAUGAGAUGCAAUUUCUCAGUUCUUCGUUUAGUUAACAGGAUCAGCGCAAUAAUGGAAGGAGUACUUGUGGUUCCUUUGUAAUUUCUAUAUUUCAUGUUUUUUUUAGUAAUGUUGGCAUCAGAACAAAUGUGGGUGUGAGUUUAAUACCUGUUGUUUAUGUUUUUUAGUACUUGUCUUUUUUUUUUUCCUGUUAGAAUGAUUUUAUUGUUUUCCUUUUUUUCA